AUAGGGAUUCUAUAAAUUGUAUCCGAUUGAUAGGCGGCAACGUUUGUCAAACCAAACCUCGCUCAAUAGUUACGUAUUCAGAUUAAUCGUGAAUAAGCUUCUUUAUUUAAUUUUUUACCACAGGAAGCAGCGGGUUAAACUGUUUCAAACCGGUGAACACUGGUGUUGUGUUCGCGGUCAGCGUGCUGUUGUUAUUGGAGGUCAGCGUUUCUCAGCGAGAGACAUCCAGAUGCUUUCCCCGGGCAGGACACUCUCAUCCCGGCUGCUGAGGCCGAUCUCAAGGCUCCAUCUCCGGCUGGGCUCUGAUGGACGAGCCGCCAGCUCUCUGCCUAAAGAGUUGAUAAAGAGGCAUGAACUGGAGAUCGAUGAGCUCCGGCCCCUUUACAUGGACUUCCAGGCCACCACACCCAUGGACCCCCGGGUGCUGGACGCCAUGUUGCCCUACCAGGUGAAUUACUACGGCAACCCUCACUCCAAAACGCACGCCUUCGGCUGGGAGAGCGAGAGCGCCAUGGAGACGGCCCGCAGGCAGGUGGCUGAUCUGAUUGGAGCAGAUCCCAGAGAGAUCAUCUUCACCAGCGGAGCCACCGAGUCCAACAACAUGGCCAUCAAGGGCGUGGCCCGGUUCUACAAGACCAAGAAGCGUCACGUGAUCACCACGCAGACGGAGCACAAAUGUGUGCUGGACUCGUGUCGAAUUCUGGCCUCCGAGGGAUUCAGCAUCACCUACCUGCCGGUCCAGGCCAACGGAAUAGUGGACCUGGAGCUGUUGGAGGCCUCCAUCCGUCCGGACACCUCUCUGCUGUCGGUGAUGACCAUCAACAAUGAGAUCGGAGUCAAGCAGCCCAUGAAGGAAAUUGGUCAGAUUUGUCGUUCUAAAGGAGUCUUCCUCCACACUGACGCCGCUCAGGCCGUCGGGAAGAUUCCCAUCAACGUCACGGACAUGAAGGUCGAUCUGAUGUCCAUCAGCGGCCACAAGAUCUACGGACCCAAAGGUGUGGGUGCUUUGUACGUGCGUCGCCGGCCUCGUGUGCGCUUGGAGCCACUGCAGAGCGGCGGCGGGCAGGAGAGGGGGCUGCGCUCCGGCACCGUCCCCACCCCUCUGGCCGUCGGGCUGGGAGCCGCCUGCAGCAUCGCUCAGCAGGAGAUGGAGUACGAUCACCAGAGAGUGUCCAUGCUGGCUAAUCGUCUGGUCCAAAAGAUCACGUCGGAGCUUCCUGACGUGAUCAUGAACGGAGAUGCAGAGCAACGCUACGCCGGCUGUGUGAACUUGUCCUUUGCCUACGUGGAGGGAGAGAGUCUGUUGAUGGCGCUGAAGGAUGUCGCCCUCUCAUCUGGGAGCGCGUGCACGUCGGCGUCCCUGGAGCCGUCUUACGUCCUCAGAGCGAUCGGGACAGAUGAAGACCUGGCGCACUCGUCCAUCAGGUUUGGUAUCGGCAGGUUCACCACAGAAGCAGAGGUGGACUACACAGCCGAGAAAUGUAUCACGCAGGUCAGCCGGCUCAGAGAGAUGAGUCCUCUGUGGGAGAUGGUUCAAGAGGGCAUCGAUCUGAAGAGCAUCAAGUGGACGCAGCACUAGGCUCCUCCCACUUCCUGUUUACCUCCUGGCUGACGACGACGACGACAACGAUAGAUCCCCCGGGAACGCUGGGGACGUACUAGCUUUACCUUCUUGUACACAAACACGCACAAACUUCCUGCCCGACUUGAAGUCAGUUUGUAACUGCCGCUCGCCUCUUUGACCGGAGGUCGCUCCGUGACCCCGUGGCCGUGUAUCACAAAGCGAAUCCGUAUUUAUUUGGGUUAGCUGGCUUCACUCUUUGUUAUCUCCGAACAUGUUCAGGUAAAAAAGGAUCUCUUGUUGACAGCCUGCCACGUGUCACACCGUGAAGUCCUUUAGAUGACAUCGACUGCGGCGCCAUGCAGGAGGAAAGAUUUAAUAAGGAGCUGUUGUAGUGUAACUCAAUGCUUUUGUCUUUGUCAGGAUCCUGUAGGAAUGAUUGAUGGGUGGGCAGUGCUGAAUUGAGUUUUGAUCUGAACAUCUACACCACUUUGAUCUGACCCAGUUAACAGCGAACGAGCAUCAUGAAAACUGAGUUAGACAAAUAUUUAUUGAGUCUUUUGAGUCCGAAUGCCUCAUCUAGACACGAUUAUUCCACUCACCACUUUCCCCCAGUCUUGCUUCCUGUUCUCACAUCAGAUUUCAGUAUCCAGUCAUGGGGUCAGUUUAUCAGCAGUGUCAGCAGUAGUUUCACUAUUCUUUUAAGGUCUGGAACGCACUACAAGGUUGGACCCGAGCACAUCGGCUGAUCUUCAGGGGGAAGAACGGACGAGGGCCACGUGUGACUCGGGUCGUUGGGGAGAACCUGAAAGUUUGAACACCAAUGACCUGAAAUAUUUUUUCUAAUAUGGUGUUUUCAGACUGAUAUAAUUUUCAAUCCUUGUGUUGUGUUUCCUCAAUGUUCCAUCACAUUUACUAAAAGCCGUCUACUGUUAAUUUUAAUGAUAUGUAAUUUUUAUCCAAUAAAGUGCUGCUUCCUUGUUAUGCAACGAA